GGAUGACAGGGUUCGCAGAGAGUCAGGGUACAAUCCACCCCCCCAUGUUGGCUCAAGGCCUGAUGCCGCGCGCCGCGGGCGGGCCUUGGGCCGGGCCAGAGGCCCUCCCCGCGCGCUCUCGGCGGCGAUGGCGAGGUGGCGACCGGUGUGGUCCGAGGGAGGCGCCCCCAGGCUGCUGUGCAGGCUUUGCUCACCAACGGUCUGCCCGGAGUGCACGACAGGCCCGCCGUGCCAGGACCACGUGCACCGGGGGAGGCCAGUGCGCCUCCGCAGCGACGGCGUGCAGGCGCCCCCAGCCAUGAAGGUCCUCCUCCCGGAGAACAUGGCGAGCGCCGGCUUCGCCCGGCUUGAGGCGAUCAACUACCCCCCAGGCGCGCUGGGGGCCGGCGGUGUAGGGCCAGUCAGCAUCGGGCACAUCGUUGCGUUCUCCAGAGACCUCGCGGCCCAGACGCAGGAAGAGGGCGCCGUGGGCGUGCUCUGCUCGAAGGGGGCCUGCGCCAACGUCAUGCUGCUGCUGGGCGCCCACCUGGUGCUCGCGCGGGGGCUUUCCGCAGACGAGGCCUUCGCCCGGCUGCCGAAGACCCCCCUCCAGCAGCAGCGGUUCCCAGCGCCGUGGGCGAGGGAGGCGCAGUGGCACGCGCACUCGCUCACGGUCAAGGACUGCCUCGUCGGGCUGCAGGUGGCCGUGGCGAAGGGCUGGCUUGACUACGAAGGCUUCGACUACGAGGAGUGGCGCAGGCUUCUGAUUACGUACGACGCAAGCCUCACUUUCCAUGUUCCUCUCAAGGCCCACGCGGGCGAGCCUGGGCGGCUAACCUUUUACGCCAUGGCCGACCCCGUCACUACGGUGGCGGACCCAGGGGUGAGGCCUGCGCCCCCGGAGGGCGGCUUCGUGUCAGACUACGUCAACAUGCCCAAGGGAACCCGGCAACGCAUGAAGACGUGGAGCACAGGCGAUAGGAAGAAGAGGUCGCCCGGCGAUUAUGCCAGCGCCCCGGCCGGGACGACGAGGGAAGGACUGUCAGAGUCAGAGGAUGCAACCAUGCGGUCGGAGCGGCAGGGCCCUUUCGAGGGGGAGCUGAACCUGGCCACACCGCCGGGGCGGUCCAAGUUCGAAAGGAUGACGACUGAGCCAGUUGUCGGCCCGAUGGGCUCGCUGGAUCCAGACCCCGCCGAGGACCCACCGAAGCAGUGGAUCUGUAGCCGAGCUCGUUCCGCCGAGCUUGACGCCCACGACAAGAAUGAGACCGCAGCAGUGCCAGACGCCCACGCCACCAGCACGCCGCUGGGCAGCAUGUUCCACGAGACACACCCGACGCCCGUGACGCCGUCUAGCGUCGACAGGGUCACGUGGUUAGAGAUGGUUCGCGUCAGGCGCUGGGGCCAUGAGCAGCACAGCAGGCAGAGCUCGGUGCCCGUGAAGUUGGUGAAGGAGCGCGGCCUCUCGACGCUCCCAGAGUUCGGCACGUGGCUGCGUUCGGUAGGCUGCAGGAGGCUGGUGCAGCUGAACCGCCCGAACGAGCACGCCCUGCCUUCGACUGGCUCGUACAAGGACUAUUUCUCCCAGUAUUGGCAGGUGCAGCAGGAAGCCCUGCACUUCGACGACGGCUCCGUGCCGCCCGUCCAGGUCAUACGCAGUUUCCACUCCGCGGUGGAGGAGGUGAUUGCGGACAUGGACCACGACGGCCCCGACCAGACAGGCGGCUUCAGCGCGAUCGUUGUCCAUUGCGCGGCAGGCCUCGGCCGAACGGGCACGCUGCUGGGCGUGCUGGCCAUGGACAUGGUGGGAAUCCCCGGUGGUGCGUGGAUGGGUUGGAUCAGGAUGUGCCGCCCAGGCUCCAUUCAGACGUUGGCCCAGGAGGCGUUCCUGAAAACCUACGAGCCGCAGAAGGCGGCUGCGAGGAGGACCCUGUGCAGAGCUGGCCUGGCGCGCCGCGUGCUCCGCAUCCUCCGCUGUUCGCGCUCCACGUCUUACGCCUGAUAUUUCCCCCGCAGCCGGCGCGUUUCGCGGCGAGCAGUUGAGGUGCCCAGUCAACUGGCGUCAUUCCGUGGCGCUUCCUCUCGUGUUCGCUCCACCGACACCAAAUCAGGGCUGGACCUAAACGCUGUUUUGUUGGACUUCGGAUGUGCUUUGCUUUUCCUUUUGGCAGGGAGGUUCAGGA